AAUUAAAAAAUAUUUAUAAGUUUGUAAUAAACAUUUUAUCUUGUAUAUACAAGAAAAUGUAUAAAUUGUAUAAAUGAUGUAUAUACAUCAUGUAGAAGUAAAUGUGUUGAAAAAAAGAAUCGUGAGGAUCUUUACGAAGCUCUAUUAUUCGGCAAUAAUUAUUGUAAACGUUUGGAUGAUUUGCAAUUGCCUCUAGAAAGUAUUUCGUCCAUUGGUUCAUUAUCAAUCCAUCUCAGAGGCUACUGCUGAUCUACAACUUCUUAGAGAUGCGUUGAUGCCAUUAAAUCGUAAGGUUGAACGAAGACCAGUUUCCAAUUACAGUACGGGAUGCCGCUUUUGUGACAACACACAUAGUUAGAAAAAAGUCCUUACGAAUCUUACCGGGCAUGUCUUUAGUUUCAUGUUUAGAAAGCACUUAUGCAGAUUAUUGACGAAAAUGGAUUUCAAUUUUAGACCCAAAGACUGGUAUCAGAAAGAUGUUUUUCUCUGUUAUCAAAGAAACUGUCUUUAGAAAUGUUGAGCAAAGUAAGGUCAUUAACUCUGCGUCCCGUAGCCAGCAACAUGGUUGUUGGUGUCCUUCAAGCUACAUUGAGGCGUGAUGUGGUGGCUGGGUUUGAAGAAAACCAGUUUAGAACUAUUCUCGGAUCUCAUGUGAAUGGGACUACACUUAGUAAAAUUGUAAUAAGUAGUUGAAUUUUGUUUAGCUAUUCCGAUGGCUUUUUUAAAAUAGCAAUUUUUAUUAGAGAGCUUGAGAAUGUUUGCUGUCCUACAUGUAUUUCGCCCACAGAAAGUCGACAGCGUUGCUUUAUGAUGCAGAAGGAUUGUUUUAUAGGCAAAAUUUUCUUUUUGGAAAAGAAGAAAGAAUUUGGCAACAUCUGCAGACUUAGGAUCAAUUUUAAAACUGUAGCACCAUAUGCACCAUCUUCUAGUUGCUGGUAAGUAUGCUGACAAAGUGGAUUGACACCAGCUAAUUUUCAAUAAAUCUUCUCCUUUUUAGACCAGUCUAUUAUUUGUACAACCUCCCCCCCCCCCUUUCUAAGCUUUCAGGGUUAAUGUUUAACCUGUGGAGGAGGCAGGUUUUGGAUUUCGUGCGAGUUAUCUAGCGUUCGGGAUCUGAGGGCUUGGAAACCCAAAUGCUUUCGCUCAGUCUGGGAACACUACCAGGUAGGUUCCCUAGACACUGUUGAAGUGAGUCCGUACUUUGGGGAGAAGGUUGAGAGGAGGAAUUCUCCAUGCUAGUUGCAUCCUCUACGGUCUGCUGAAGGUAUCCAAUCUUGGUCGGCGAAUGUGUUUAUAUCCGGAUGACCCCACUUUCGAAAAACUUUUGUGGUCACUUGUGGUAAAAAGUGCCAUUUCGCAGGUUGAUUUCCUCGUGAUAGCCUGUCGGCUAUGAUGUUGUAUCUCCCCGAGAGAUAAGCUGACAGUUAUCUUGAACUUAUCGCUUAGGUUUAAAAAUCGAAAGGUCAACGUUAGUGAAAUACUUCAAGAUUCAUUUUGAUUGUUACUACCAUUGCAAAUAGCUCUUUUGUGGGUGAGCCGUUUCUGUCGUUGAGCUGACCAUAGACAGGACGUUAAUAUUUUGUCUAAUUGUAACCCCUACCCAUGUCCGAAGCUUCCGUUACCAGGAAAUGGUUGGUUUUGGGUCUCGGCAAUGUUUGACAUGUGGCUCCGCGUCAGCACUGCAUUUGUAACCCCUACACAUGUCCGAAGCUUCCGUUGCCAGGAAAUGGUUGGUUUUGUGUAUCGGCAAUGUCUAACAUGUGGCUCCGCGUCAGCACUGCAUUUAAUUGUUAACACAUGCAGGAUGCCCUGUUUUUUACCCCUUUUCUUGAAACUUCGCAAGAAAAUUUGCAAGUCAGCAUAGAUUGAUGUAAUUCCGUCAGAGUUUGAGCUAGGAUGUUGUUGAGUGGCCACUUCAUUUCUCGCAAUUUUCCAUCGAAUCCCUAGACAUGUCAUCUCUUGAACCAGUGUACUAAUUGAUUUUUUGUAAGGCUGACUUGGCAGCCCAAAUAAUCCAAGAGCUUUACAGCUUAUGUGGCCUGAAGACUCAACUUGGACUUCUUUUGAUGGACCUGGUGGGAUUUGCGUAGGUGGGAUAACACUCAACAUCCCUUUGCACGCAAUGUUUCCGCGACCGAGCAUGCUAUGCAAGCAAAAAAGGUGUAUUUGUCUUCAUGGACCAAGAAAAAAUCGCGUAGGUAGGUUAACAUUUGACUUCCCUAUGUACGUAAGGUCUUCGCGACCGAGCAUGCUAUGGGAGCAAAAACGUUUAUUUGUCUUGGUGAAACAAGAUCAUGUCGUGUAAGUAAGCUAGCACUUCGAUUUUGCACGCAAUGCCUCCGCGACCGAGCAUGCUGUGGAAGCAAAAAGGUGUAUUUGUCUUCAAGGACCAAGAGAAAGUCGCGUAGGUACGUUAACAUUUGACUUCCCUAUGUACGCAAGGUCUCCGCGACCGAGCAUGCUAUGGGAACAAAAACGUUUAUUUGUCUUGGUGAAACAAGAUUAAGUCGUGUAGGUAAGCUAGCACUCGACUUUGCACGCAAUAUCUCCGCGACCGAGCGACCGAGCACCCUAUAUAAUGGAAAUUGACAUGCCAGCCCAGAUAAUCCAAAACCUUCACAGCUUCUGCAGCCUGAAGUUUCAACUUGGAUUUGUUUUGGUCGACCAAAAGGAAGUCGUCUAGGUAGACUAGCACUCUAGUUCCUUUUGCACGCAAGGUCUCUGCGACCCAGCAUGUUAUGGAAGCAAAAAAGGUUAAUCCAAAAGCUUCACAGCUUCUGCAGCCUGAAGUUUCAACUUGGAUUUGUCUUGGUCGACCAAAAAGGAAGUCGUCUAGUAGACACUAGCACUCGAGUUCCCUUUGCACGCAAGGUCUCUGCGACCCGCAUGUUAUAGAAGCAAAAAGGUGUGGCUCUGAAGCCAGAUCGAAGGGUAGGCAUGUCAUUUCAUACUAACUCAUAAGAAGGUACCGAUUCCUUCCUGGAGGUACUGAUACUGGUACCUUGGUACUGAUCCUCAAGAAGUAUCGACGAAAUUUUGCGACUGAUACUAGAAAAAUAUUCCUGAGAAAUGUUCAAUUCUAUCAUCCAGUCCCCUGGGUGGAGAAAGUUUGGUACCUAGGUGUCCGAAAAAGGUGUUUUAUCUUUACGACCUUGUUCAACUCUCGAAGAUCGAAAAUUGGACGCAUUGAUCCGUCGCUUUUCUUCCGCAGAAAAUUUUUUUUUUUUUUUUUUUUUUUUUACGGUAUUUGGUAACCAUACAUGGUUUACAAAUUAUUACAAUUUUGGUGGCACUCAGUGCCUCCCGUCGGUGUCUUCAAUUGCCCCCCUCUGGAUUGUGCCAGAUGUUACGGACUAUGAUUGUUUAUAAUGUUUGGCUUACCUUUUGUACGAGAUCGUGACAAAUAGGGUUGUAGCCCUCCGAGGGACUGAAUAGAUUUCAAUUUACUAUUAUCAAACAAAAAUUCCUCAAUGAGUGGUGCGUUGGCAACAGGAUACUUUGUUAGAGACCACGGAAAUUAAACUUUGACGUCUUAUUUCUAUACAUACGGCCCUUUUUUCCGUAUACAAUUUAAAACGCUUUUUACGGGUAGCUUGUACGACGGAGACGAUUUGUCAAAGUUUUCAGUAAUUAUGUUACAAAGAUUAUUAGUUUAAAUCUGUUGUGUUUUUGUCAAAAUUUCCGUAUUGACGAGAUCAAUUUGUUUACAACAAUUUUCGUUACGUUCAAUUGUUACACACAGUUGAUGCAUUAUUAGAUUUACAACGUCACUGACCUGGUGGGAUAACGAGCCGAUUCGAAGAUCGACCGUUACCUUUGAAUCCCGUCGUUUCUUACGCAGAGACUCCUUUUGUUCUUUUUCGCUUGACGAGCUGUUCGAACGCGAGGCGUCUCCAUCGCGUCUCGCCUGGACAUCUUCCCUCUCGGAAAUUAUGGAGCUUGACUCAACAUCACCUCCAACAGAUGACGCGUGAUUCAUGGCGUCCGAUGAUAGGAUUGGUAAAUAAUACUCGUAAUGAUUGCAAAAUAACACUCAUAGAAACACAAAAUAAAUAUUUUUUGCAAUUAAUAAGAAGUCGAAUAAAUAUUUGUGGACUUGCGACUUCACAGUACGAAAGUACACAACGCUAUGAAGAUCAAAGAUGGCUGCGCUCCCUUUAUACUUGCUGGCAGCACCUAGCGGCUAAAGAUGGAACUAAAUUGACUGUCUAUGGUUGGACAUAGACAAGGAAUCUAAGCUAAGUACACACUGCUUCUUCAUAAUACAAUGCUGUAUGUUUUAUAAUACAAUGCUGUAUGUUUUCCAAAGGCACAUCAAUACUCUGCUUUCUAUAGCGGGCUUCGUGAACGAGCAAGGUCACAGAUAUUCACUAGGAAUUAAGUGAGUAGCUAAGAAUGUUUGAUGACAGGAUCUCUGUUGAUUUACCUAAAACAAAAAAUUGAAGCAGGAAAAAACUUUGAAAAAGGCACAAAUUAUUCAAUGCCCACGCAGCCUUUUAUUCCUCCAUCUGAAACUUCGGUAGUAUAUUUCACACCAUCCGGCUUGGGUCCCGGAAGGCGCCGAAUGUUAGUCGGAUCGUUUUAAGGGUCGCUCUCUUUAUCUACUGUAUUCAUGGAUGUGGGUAUUGUUUUGUGAAUUUAGUCUUGGUUGGUUGCCAUGUCUUUUGAGAUCAGCCUUUUAAAGGUGAAUAAGACCUCUCAGUCGCUGGUUACCACUUCAUGGACGCUAAGUCGCUAGGUAAUGUCACCACCGUCUGAUAUUCGUCGUUGACAUUUUACUGUAGGUAUGCUUUUUUCUGACUACGCUUGCUUUUAUAUAUCCGGGCUUAGGACUGCCAAUGGUGGAGUUUUAUUUGUAAUGUAAGUUUUAUUAAGUAAAGAACAUUAAUUAAUUUAAAGUUAUUAUAUUUAAAAGAUAUAUAUAUUUACUCAUUCAUAGAAAGAUUCGCCAGACCUCAAUGCUGUGUUCAUUGGAAACAAAAUUAUCUACAGCUUUUGAAAAUAUGUUUAAUUAUCAAUAACGUACUAGGUAGGAAAUAUGUACCUACGGAGGUUGCCUGUCCCUGUAAAAAUGCCAAACUUCGGAAAUAUUAUAUAAUCUAUGCUUCGGAACGUCAAUGUGACUUUGAAAAUAGUAUAAAUUUUGAAAGCUUAAAAUAGAUGAAAAGAAAAAAGUCAAAUGAAAUUCUGCCUAGCGAAUAGCAAUAAAAGAAAUAGAAGUUUUUGAUUUCAUUGUUCAUUACUAUAUUUUGAAUAAUUAGAGUAAAGUAAUGAAAUCGUAAACGUCAUUCUAAUCAAUUGUAAUGGCUGAUAGAGAUCUAUCAAUGGGUCCUCGAGAAGGGGUUACAUACCCAAUAAAGGUUCAAUACUGUGGAAACUGUUCCAUGCCCAUAGAAUAUUGUGAAUAUUAUCCAGAAUACGAUAAAUGUAAACAAUGGCUGGAGAAGAAUCUUCCGACAGAAUUCGAGAAAGUAAAAUUAGACGAAAAAGAAAAUACCGGGGGUGAAGAAGAAAAAAAACGCCAGAAGCGUGGUGGCAAGGGUAUGUUAAAAUCCAAGAAGAAAGAAGAUGUUCCCAAGUUAGUGCAGGUAUCUCGUGCUCCUCGGGGCAAGAAGAAAUCAGUCACAGUCGUGUCUGGAUUGAGCACUUUUGAUAUUGAUCUAAAAGUAGCAGCAAAAUUUUUUGGCACAAAAUUUGCUUGUGGAUCUUCAGUCACAGGAGAUGAUGAGAUAGUAAUUCAGGGUGAUGUUAAAGAUGAUCUUUUUGAUAUCAUACCUGAAAAGUGGCCAGAAGUGAGUGAAAAAUUCUUUUUGUACAGUUUUUACAUUAUUCAUUUGACUUGCUCUGGGUUCCAAUAGUCUAGAAUGCAAGCUUUGUAAUUGUAUAAUGUUGUCAAAGAUUGAAAGGGAAAACUAUUUCAAUUAUGGCCUGUAAUAAUUUUUGACUGCUAGUUACCCAAUCAAGCUGUUUUAUGUAACAAUGUGAACUGCUUUUUUAACAUCUUCUACACCAUCAUUAUUGAUAAUAUAAUUAAGAUAAUCUUUAGUAACUUUACAAAAUGUCUAUGAAACUGGUUUCAUAGACAUUUUGUAGCCUAAAUAAAUAAUUCGCUUUAAAAAAAUAAAACAUCUAUUUUACAGAUUGAUGAAGACAGUAUUGAAGAUCUUGGUGAUCAAAAAAGGUAGUGUCCCCUACACUAAAAGAAGAUUACACCAGGAUAAUACAUUAUUUCUCUUUAUAAUGUUAAAAAUUGUCAUUUCAAAAUAAUAGUACUACAAUUUAUUUUUGAUCUACCUCAUUUUUGGCAAGUAUAUUGUUAUUUUUCUAGAAAACAAAAAGAGUCUUUAAUUUCUAAUGUCGAUGAGUUUUUUGCAGAUAUUGAAUAUCUGUAAAGAAUUUUAAUUUAUUACUGUAUCUACGGCCAACAAAAAAAAUUGUUAAAGCAAACCACUUACUCCUUUCAUGUUUGUUACAACAGUUUACCUAAUCAAGCCAUGUCUUUUGCACACAAUUUUACAAUAAAACAAGAAUUGUCAUCAUAAACUUAUUUUAUUAAGCAUUUGUACUGAUAAAGUGUCCGAAUACCUUAAA